UAAUCACAAUCAGAACCACGCCAAAGUCCAAACCAUCAGCAUUUCCGGCGACGACGACGCUUUUAGGCGGCUCCGCAGACUCGUGUCCGAUUACAUUCUAGGUCUUGACUGGAUGGCAGCAAUUUUCCUAGAGCAAGGAGGUGGGUCACUAGAUGUGGCUUCGUAACUCCAUCGUCAUAACCAACAGUGUCUGUCGUCUUAGAUAUUUUAGUGCCAUGAAUGAACUCAAAGUAGAUGGUACUUCUAGUCUUUGUACUCUCGUAUGUAAUGGAGAAUCUCGCCUUAAGGAAUCUGAAUCAUUGAGUCCAGACCAGGGAUGUUCAUCUUCAAAUGUUCAGACCACCCCCGAAAUUGAAAAGAAGUAUGUUCAUCGUGUUUAUGAUGCAAUUGCUCCACAUUUUAGUUCCACCCGGUUUGCUAAAUGGCCAAAAGUCGCCAGCUUUUUGAAUUCUUUGCCUUCAGGGUCUUUGGUAUUAGAUGCAGGAUGUGGGAAUGGGAAGUACUUGGGAUUGAAUUCCCGUUGUUACUUUAUAGGGUGUGAUAUAAGUGCUCCUCUGAUCAAUAUUUGUGCCGAGAGAGGGAAUGAAGUUAUAGUCGCUGAUGCUGUGAAUCUUCCUUACCGAAGCUGUUACGGUGAUGCUGCAAUUUCUAUUGCCGUGUUACAUCACCUAAGUACGGAGAGUAGAAGGAAAAAAGCAAUAGAUGAAUUAAUUCGAGUUGUUAAGAAGGGCGGUCUUGUUCUGAUUACUGUUUGGGCUGUGGAACAAGAGGAUAGGUUGUUGGUUAACAAAUGGACCCCACUGACGGAUAAGUAUGUAGAGGAAUGGAUAGGACCAAGUGACCCUUGUAUGCGCAACUCUCCGUCUUUGACCUUGGAAAGCAUUCCUGAAGCUGAGGAAAAUAGUCUGGGAAAAAAUAUCAAGGAUACUUCUUUGAUUACGAAGUUGCCAGAAACUAUGCAUGCAACUUCUCAAAGCGAAGGUAACUUAUCGGCAGCUAAAAAUGGAACAAAUGUUGAAAACCAGCAAGAGUUUUUCGUCCCUUGGCAUUUACCUUAUCACCGUGCUGAAAUUGGUGGAGCUUCUACUUCCGCUCUUGCAAAUGGAUUGGCGAAAAAAGAUGAUAAAAAGGGUGCAGUAGUGUACAACAGAUAUUACCAUGUGUUCAGUGAAGGUGAGCUUGAAAGGCUGGUAUCUGACAUGAGUAAUGCAGUUGUUGUUGAUCGAUUUUAUGACAAAUCAAACUGGUGCAUUGUUCUUGAGAAGACAAUAUGAAGUAAUGGACCUGCUGAAUCGGCCAAUACAAGUGAAAUCUUUGUGCGAGAUGGUUCAUUGUUUCAAGACUAGGCCUCUUGCACUGUUAACAUUUUCAACAGAAGAAAUGAUCAUGUGCAGACUUCUGAUCCCAGAAAGGCACAUGCUAGGAUGUUUUGUCACGGAAGGCAUCCAAGUACACUGAUAUCAAGGGGCUCUUUGGGUGAUAAAUUAGGUACACUUCAUCCCCGUCUAGAUAUAGGAAAGGAAGCUUCGACUUUCUUGCUCUGUACCAUGCACUUUUUGUAAUGUGAAUGUAGAGCACAUCACAAGGAAAGAUUGCUAAAUUCCUGGACAAAUGGUACUCAAAUCAUUUAUAGGUAGACAAUGAGGAAAUUCUAUCAAAUUGAUAUUGGAAGUUUGGAACCAAUAAUUUUGAAUUUGCUAA